AUGUGGACUUUUGAUAAAGUAAAUGGGAUAUUAGAAAUACCUGAUCCAUUUUACUUUGAUCAAAAAUUAACGGAAGAUCGUAAUGAAUAUGAGAUCACAGCAAAAUUAUUUUAUUUACCAUCGUCGUCAACCUCAGUAAUCGAACCUUCACCACCUCCACAAUACGUAGCACAAUCAAUAUAUCACUUAUUUAAAGUACUUGGAAUUAAUACAAUAGACACAUUUAUCGUUUAUUUUAAUGGGCUAAUAUUUAAUUAUUCUGAUGAGGUCGAUGGUUCUUCCUCUAAUGACAAUUUCACUAAAAGUGAUUUUGAUAAUCUAAUAAAAGUUUGGACAGAAUUAGAAAAAUUCCACGUGAAUAAUAGAAUUCAUAAAUUAGGUGUUAGUGAAUUUACUAAAAAUAGACUAGAAAGUUUUAUAAAUGCGGUUGAGAUUUCUCCAAAGGUAAAUCAAAUUAAUAUUAUAGAUUGUAAUAAUGGGGAGAUUCUUGAAUUCGCUAAAAAGAAUGAUAUAGAAUUGCUUACACACCGUGAUCCGACCGUUAUAUUGCCAUCAAAAACUUUUCGAAACAUUAUUGAAGAAACUAAUACCAAUAAAAUUAGUUUAAAUAAUGAUUUAUUACCGCGUUGGGUACUCAAAUAUUCCGUAAUGAUCAAAUGUAGAGGUGUUGUUGCUAAUAAAGGGUAA